AUUGCGCCGCCUUUGUCUCCACAUGUUACCCCGCUUUCUUCUUUCCUCAAUUACGCCGCAUCGGGAUCUCGCCUCAUUAACCUCCAUGGACGAGCCUCCGGCCCUGAGGGGAACAAGCAAAGACCUGAGCUUAUGUUCUUCGUGGGGCUAUAAUUCCGGGAGGAUUGAUUCGAAAAAAAUCCGGGUGGUAUUUUCGGUUUCUUUUGAACAUUUGGGGCGCCACUUUUUGUGUAAAAAACCAGCGCUUGAUUCUGUGCUGUGUGGCUACAGAGGGCCCCUAGUCACUGCAUUGAGAGCCUGCCACAAUGCUAUCGAUUCUCUGAACAUCAGCCCGCAAGCUUAGGAGACCUAUUGUUGAAUAUCCCAAUUCCACAGUUUUCUUAAUUUGAUGCAGGAGACGGCUAGAUUUGUCAGUUUUUGCCAUCCUCCUUGGAAGGUACAGAUACAGAGCUACCGUACAAGAAUUUGCAGUCUUGCGAGGAGUAGCAUAGGAAUGGAUGAUGGUCAAGUAUACCAAGAAGAAGGAGAUGACCAUGAUUUGGUGCUGCAGAAACAAGAAUGGAUCAAGUAUGCCUUUAAUCCCCUCCCACCACCUCUUCUUCAUCAGCUCUUCAGUCUAUCAGGAGGAGUUGACUCGUAUAUCUUGUUGGUUGUUUGGUCAUUUAGAACACAAGAUAUGCUCAAGAGUAAGCUUAUUCUUGAAGAUGAUUUUGUUUGGAGUUUACCUUCAGUUGGCUCAAGUUCAGGUGAAGAUGCAAGGGGCAAACUGAAGUAUAUUGGUGGGACUGACAUUAGCUUCUUAAAAGAAGACCCAUCCACAGCAUGCGCCGCGGUGGUAGUCCUGGAUGCUGAUACUUUAGAAGUUGUCCAUGAAGAGUUUGACGUUGUUCGACUGCAAGUGCCAUAUAUUCCUGGAUUUCUUGCAUUCAGAGAGGCACCAAUUCUUCGUGGACUCUUGGAUAAGGUGAAGAUCAAUGCACGACAUUUCUACCCUCAGUUGCUCAUGGUUGAUGGAAACGGAUUGCUCCAUCCGCGAGGUUUCGGUUUAGCUUGUCAUCUUGGCGUGCUUGCAGACCUUCCAACCAUCGGAGUUGGGAAAAAUCUGCAUCAUGUGGAUGGCCUUAACCAAUCAGAUGUCAGAAGACGGCUUUUGUUGGAAGAAGACUGCAAUAACGGACUAAUUUUGUUGACUGGAGAGUCUGGGACAACAUGGGGCGCGGCGAUGCUUUCCUGCUCUGGUUCGUCGAAACCAGUCUACAUCUCAAUUGGGCAUCGCAUUUCGCUUGAUUCAGCAACUGCUGUAGUGAAGAUGUGUUGUAAAUACCGUGUUCCUGAGCCAACGCGGCAGGCUGAUAUAAGAUCGAAGGUGUUCCUGCAGAAGCUCCGAAGGCCAGAGCAGUAACAAGACUUGGCAGUUGGCACACCUGGAGCCUGCUCACUUUGCUGGCUGAGUUGAAUUUUCAGAAUUGAGAUGUGUGUGUCACGGCAACAUGAAAUGAUUUCUGUACAGCUUCCUCUAACCAGCAUAACUACAUCCAACAUGAUAGUCACUUGUGACAUGAUUUCUGCUCGUUUCAGAAUGAAGUGUCUUACAUGAAA